UGCACUCAUCCGGAAUGUUGACCACUGGAGCAUUCUGAACAAGAAAAACAACGCUGUUGCGCUAGCUAGCUACUAUUGUCAAGACAAGGGUCUCGUCCUAAUUGUACGACCUCUUUUGAUUGCUCUUGUUUGCAUUUCCACCUGGCAAUAAGGUUCUUCAAUCAAGUUUAAUCAAUUGUGAAUGUGAAGAGGUCAAGAAUAUAGAUUCAUAAAUCGCUACAUAACAUGGCUGUAGCAGGAUGCCCAGAUUAUUUUCUACACCAUCCAAAUUACCAGCAGGACAAUGUAGACCGAGCCUCCAAUCGUCGUCCAGCAGAUCUGAUUGGGCCAAGUUUCCAGCAGUCAACCAAUCGUAACUCUCCUAACCAUCAAGAGGAUGAUGUGGACCUAGAGGCACUGGUGAAUGACAUGAACUCCUCGUUUGAGAGCUUGUACUCCACAUGCAGCAGUGUGCAUUCUGAGUCAGUCCCCCUGCUGCAGCACAACGGCCAGGUGCACGUGCAUCGAGACCAGCACCGCUGCGCGACGCAGGCCCCCCAGACUCACGCCUCCCCGAGUGAGGCGCAGCUGAGCCCCGCCUCUCCUAAACAAAGACUCAGACGCUCCCAGCCCAUGCACAUCCUUGCUGUCAGGAGACUGCAGGAAGAGGAGUUGCAGCUCCGGACGUCCUCUUUGCCGGCCAUCCCCAACCCUUUCCCUGAGCUCUGCAGCCCAGCCAACUCUCCUGUUUUAAACCCUGGAUCCUUACCUCCAUGUCAGCCCUCAGGCACAUACAUUAUAAAAAUCUUCAGCGAGGACGGCAUGGGGAAAGUUGUGGAAAUACCAGCCGACAUGACUGCCAGAGACCUUUGCCAGCUCCUUGUAUACAAAAGCCAUUGUGUGGACGACAACAGUUGGGCUCUUGUUGAACAUCACCCGCUUCUCGGACUAGAAAGGUGCUUGGAGGAUCAUGAACUGGUGGUACAAGUGCAGGCAUCCAUGACCAGUGAGAGCAGAUUUCUCUUCAGGAAGAACUAUGCCAAAUAUGAAUUCUUCAGAAAUCCCUUGAAUUUCUUUCCCGAGCAUAUGGUUGCAUGGUGCCAGGAAACCAAUGGUUCAAUCCCACCAUCUCAACUUUUACAGAAUUUCUUAAAUUCCAGCAGUUGCCCUGAGAUUCAGGGAUUUUUAUACGUAAAAGAGAUGGGCAGAAAAUCCUGGAAGAAGCUGUUUGUGUUCCUUAGACGCUCAGGACUGUACUUUUCUACAAAAGGAACGUCAAAGGAGCCCCGGCAUUUACAGUUACUAGCAGACCUGGAGGACAGCAACAUCUUCACAGUAACAGCAGGCAAGAAGCUACACAGUGCGCCAACAGACUACGAGUUCUGUAUAAAGCCCAACAAAAGGACUGAACUGAAGGAAUUGAGAAUGUUGUGUACUGAAGACGAACAGAGCAGAACGUCUUGGAUAACUGCCUUCAGACUCUUCAAGUAUGGAAUAGUCCUCUAUCAGAACUACAAGAUUCCUCAGCAGAGAAAAACCCUGCUGUCACACUUUUCAACACCUGUGCGGAGUGUGUCUGAGAAUUCUCUGGUGGCCAUGGAUUUCUCAGGGAGGAUAGGUAGGGUGAUUGACAACCCUGUAGAGGCCCAGAGCGCUGCCAUGGAAGAGGGAAAUGCCUGGAGGAAGAGAAGUCAACGGAUGAACAUUCUCGGUAGUCCCAGUCCACUACAUCCCUCUUUGUUAAGCUCAGUUAUUCACCGAACACAGCUGUGGUUUCAUGGGCGUAUAACGCGAGAAGAGUCCCAUCGGAUGAUCCACCAACAAGGCCAGGUGGACGGGUUGUUUCUUCUGAGGGACAGUCAAAGCAACCCAAAGGCAUUUGUCCUCACACUGUGCCAUCAUCAGAAAAUCAAGCAUUUCCAGAUUCUACUGUGUGAAGAGGAUGGACAGAUCUUCUUUAGCCUUGACGAAGGGUCCACCAAAUUCACCGACCUGAUCCAGCUGGUGGAGUUCUACCAGCUCAACAGGGGAGUCCUGCCUUGUAAACUCAAGCACCCCUGUACCCUUGUAGCCUUAUGACCCCUGACCCAGAGAUGACCGGACUCUGCCUAAAAACAUCUCAAGACUCUUUUACUUUUGGAGAAACUGAUGUGAUUUACUCAUGUUCUGUCAUGAGUUGCCGGAGACUGCGGUCAGGAUGGGACUUUUAUGAAGUGGUUGGUUAGUGCAAACGCUAGUUGACUUAACUGACUUCAGUGGUCUGUGUUCUGGAAGGUUCUAUGUUCAAGUUUGUAUUGAUAGUCGCCAAUAAGCUCUACUCAACUGAACUGGUUUAGUGAUGGUUUAUGAGAUCAAAGUCGUUUUUAUUUUUCUUCUACAAUCAUCAGGAGAUUGUUUUGUCUAGGCCACUUUUUUUGUCUAGGCCAAGUUGUCUUUUGUUACCAAUCAUCUGUACUACAACCUCUUGUACUUUUAUGAAAUGCUGAUUGUCUCCUAGUUUUGCACUUGUGAAACUGGGAACAGGCCUUUCCACCCUGAACCAUGCAGAAUUCCUCUGCUGUCUUCUCAUUUUUCUCAUCACCAACAAUGAUAAAUCCCUUUUGUGUUCGAGGGAUGGAUGGAAAAAUCCCAAACCUUAAAAGACAGACCAAGAGGAUAGCGUUGUUUGGACAUUGUGUGGCAGGCAGGCUGAGGGUUCAGCUGUCAGACAAUAAAGGCUGGAGCUAGUAACUGAGGAUGGAGCUGAAAGAUAUUCCAGGACUACACAGGAUCCAUUCAUUCAACCGUUAUAGGACUUUUCUUCAUUUCUUUUUUUGUGAUCACACACACUUUUGUAUUCAUUACAUUUUAGUACUUUCUCAUCAAAUGUGCUCUUGUUCCAGUUUAGUUUACUAUCGGUAGUUUAGAGAAUUUCAAUAUCCAAUCAUCACACAACUUUAAAGCAAAUCCCUCUCUUUUCCAAAUCCAGCCACUCAAAUAUUCAGUGCUACGGGUAUUUAUUCAUUCCCAUUCUCUACAUAAUAGAUUGCUGUAGAGGCCCACACUGCUAGUUUAAGUCCUAUGCUGUAUGUGCUACAGCCAAAUGGUCUAUUGUUGGUUAAAGUAUGUAUACAGUAUGGCACUUGUCUACCAGGCUGCUGUUCAGGUGGCUAAACAUAGCAGCUAGGGAUGCUCUUUUCUUGCUUGGGCGUACACAAAAAAUGUAAGCUAUAUGUAAAGCAUUGAAAAACAUAUAGCCAUCUUGUGGACUGUAAUUCCAUGUUGUUAGCUCUCUGAAGACAUGGUUUUGAUAUGACUAGAGCUAAAAUCUAACUUAGGACACUGGUGUGCAUUCCCUCCAACAGAGCGCAGGGAAAUAUAACCACUACACCAUUGUCUUGUGGUUCAAUAGAGUGAUCUGACCAGCCCAGAGUUCAUAUAUACAGUUUAAGCUCUGUCUGUCUACUGUGCUCUGUGGAAUAAAACUGGAAUCAGUGGACUCAUUUGCUGUGAGGACCCAUCUUCUUAAUUCAGUGUGCAUCCCAGAUGGCAUCCUAUACCCUAGUCUAUUGUAGCUAGACUAUCAAGAGCUCUGCCUACUCCAACUAGUCUGGAGUCAUCUAUUUUGAAGAUUGGCCAUGAGGCUGUGGGCAUCGAGCGCCUAUGCCUGCAGCUUUAGAAACCUACGGCCAUUGCUUGUGGUCAAAUGCGUUUGGCGCAGCGCCAAUAAGAAUGCCUACCCCAAAGAUGUCGGAUUGGUUCUGCACAGUAAGGCGGCUUUUUCAUAUUCUUUUCCCACUCUUUUUCGCCCCCAACUCUAGCAACAAAUCCUAUACUUAAGUCCCAAGUCUUUUGACUGAAAAGUUGAGAGUUUUCUUUUAAUUUAGAUUUUUGUUUUUACUUAUUCCCUACAUAAGUAGAGCAUUACUUUUAUCUAGUGAUCAUAUGCCUCUGAACAAAACUAGGGCACUAUAGGGAAUAGGGUGCCAUUUGGGACUCCUUUCCUUUGACUUUUAGCUUUUCUUUUACAUUACGCAAUUUAAUUAUAUAUGGAGAGAGAGAGCACUGUGAAGCCCACGUUAUGGAUGAUGCCCUGAAGUGGAAGGGUUUUACCAUCUGGCCUUGUCCAAGGUUGCAGUGAACACACAGAUUUGUAAAUAUAAUUUUACCUGUGAUGCAACGUUCAAGGCCCCAUGCAGAAAUUUGUAAUUUUAUUUCGAAAUCAUCACUGUAUGUCUAAUAAAUUACUGUGUGAUUAUUUAAUGAAAAAACAUUUUAAUCAUUAAAUUACCAGAGCCUUUGGCCUUUGAAAUGCUCAGUCUAAUCGUCUGGGUUUCAGGAACAGUUUUGAUAUUUACAAGAGGAUCCUUGAUAGGAUGGCCUGCCCCAUAAUUUGUAUGACCAGUCAAUCAUCUAUUAUAAACAGAUCGACUUUGUGUAAUAGACAUUCUAUUUUUUUGUUUAAAAACUCCAACACAAAAAGGGCAUUAUUAUCAUUUUCAGUUCAGUGUUAUUUCAGCCUCAGCCUCAGUAAAGAAAACAGGGACAAUGUGACUGCACUGGGCUUUUUAGAUGAAGUUUUGAAAUGAUAUAUUUGCAGUUGAAAUAGGUAGAUUGAGACGGAAUAACAGCCUCACUAUUGAUACGUGAUAAACAUCAUUUAAAUAAGACGGAAUACAAAUGUAUUUAUUUAUUUGGAUGUGAGUAAUGUAUUUUCCUCUUAAAUGCAUCUCUCUCACACAUUCUAGCAUAUUGUACAUCCUUUCACAAUAACACAGAGAAUAUGUGAAAUUCAGAGGUUGAAUAAGAUUAAAUCUGUCGGUACAAAUAGUUAAAAUGUAAUUUCAUCUGGAUAUGAACCUUUUUUGCAGACGCUCUAAUCCAGGGAGAGUGAUUUACAUUAUUUACUACAUACAGUACAUUUUAAUUGUUUUCAUACUGGUCCUCUGUAGGAAUCAAGCACCAUUGUCUACAAACUGAGCCACACAGGACCAUUUAUUUAUUUUUUGACUUUCAAUUAAGUUGCUCUGUUCCUUUCAUAACAUUUGGUUGCCAUUCGUUUAGCAGAUUUUCACUUUCCUCAACCUUCUUAAUCAGCACUUUGUUUCAUGUGUCAGAAGUGAAGUUAUACAUUCACAAUACUUGAACCAGACUUACAAAAAACGAGAACUUUUUGUCUUCCCAAUUUAAUACUGUGUUAUGUGUAUUAGAUGCCCUUUGAAUUGUUUGGAUGUGGAAGCACCACUAGAUUCCAGCAACACAGUAUAACCUUUUAUGUGACGGCGUCACUAGAAGCCCGUUGCAGUACCUUAUACAUACAAUGUUUAGAGUAACUUCAGAAUUACUGUGUACCAUUUAUUAGAUGUGAACAGAGCCAUAUAUAUUUAUAAAAUAUAAUACACUAUGUAUCUAAUAUGGCUCUGGAAGUGGCAUCAUCAUGGCAUUAUGAUGAGCAGAUUAGGUGCCAAAGCUGUUUACUACUCCUUUGCUAAGUAGAUGAAAACAUCAGCCAACAUUUCUUUGCUAACUCAUUACCAUUGUUCACCAUGAUUUAAUCAGACAUCUGCUAGGAUGCCUACUCCAAUGAUAACCUUAGCUGCACCAUGUGUCAUGCGACUCAUGUAAAAGUUGCAUACUGAUUCAAUGUACCAUAUUAGCAUAUGAAACCUUGGAUACCAUGUAGAUACAACACUGUAUUUAGGUUACAAAUCACUAUUGUUAUCGCAUUGGCUUACAAGAUGAAGAGGAUUUAGUGUUUCUUUUAAUUAUUUGGUUUAACGUGCUUAUUUUAUUUUUCUUAUAUUGUUUGUCAUGUAAAAAGCCCUUCACAAAUGUCUGUAAUGAUGAAAUGUUGCUGGUUUGUGGCUCAAGAUACCUAAUGCAUACAUCUUUACAUAGUUUCUGCAGGUUAUCACACACUACACCGACAUCACUGAUUUCAACACUAACUAUAGGCCUGUUAGGUACAUACAGAUUUUUUAUACUCAAAAAACAAUUGAUUUAUAUCACAUAGUGUCUUGCUUUGAACUAGUAAAAUGACUAGUGACAUUGAAUCACUUGCAAAGUAGUGAUCUGAUGAAACCGUGAAUUACGUCAAUGUAUUUUUUAUAUUUAAGAGAAAUGAAUGUAAAUGGGUUGCUCAGGGUUGACAUGGAGCCUGUUGAAACUGGUCAUAUCGUCAGAUCAGUGAGAUUUUCUAUGUGCGAUGAAUACAUUGUGUAGUUCCUUGAUGAUGAACCUUGGCUUAAUAGUAUUAGACCAAACCAAUGUUUAUUUUGUAAGUAGUUUGGCCUUUACGAUAUUCUCGCUGCAUAACAUUAGUUUUCCCUAAACUAACAGUAAUACAGUUGAUUUAAGGUAUCCUUUUUUCUUGUGUAAGGCUGUUCAUCUCAAAAAGCCUAAAAUGCAGCAGGUGCCUCGAAGACCUUUUACUGCACUAAACUAGAGCCGACUUAGGACCAGUCAUGGGAACCUUCUCCAGUGAUAGAUAAUUACUCUUGUGCUUUUGCAUAUAUUGUCACAAUGCAAGAUACAGUGACUGUACAAAGGAGUAAAGUAAUAUAUAGUGAAGUCCAAAUGCAUUUGGAUAGUGACACAUUAUUGGUUUGGGUCUGUACUCCAGCACUUUAGAAGUUUAAAUGAUGAUGUUUAAGAGCAGACCACUUUCAUUUGAAGGUAUUUGUAUCCAUAUCGGAUGAGUAAUUCAUACAAAUGACACCCCAUUUUUUACAGUUUCCCCAUUUAAUUAAAUCUGAAGUACUUGACCAAUUUCACCAGCUUGUUGGAUGCAUUUCUGCUUUGUUUUAGUUGUUUCAAUAUAGUGAUAAUAAAGUACUGUGUCAUUUUAGAGUACAUUUUACUGUAUAUGAAAAUUAGAUCAUAUAAGAAUAUAAUGUUUCUAAACACAUCUACAUAAAUGUGGAUGAUGGUACCAUGAAAAUACCCUCAAAUUAAAGAUGACAAUGAAUUUCAAUCUUAUCAUUAUUGUACCAUUUCAAAUCUAAAGGACUUGAGUAACAGACCAAAAAAUAAACCAGAAGUGUCAUUUUCCAAAUACUUUCUGACCUUACUGUAAAUAUAAACUAGAACUUCAGGGAAUGCAAGAAAAAUUUAAGAAAGAAGCAUUCUUACUGUGCUUUGCUUCAAUUUGUAAAUAGCUGAAUGACUUAUAAAUCUUAAUUGUAACCUUUCUGGGUAUUUUUGUACAAAUAAGGGACUGAUAUAUUCUGUUUAUUGUAAUUAGAAUAAAACAUUAAUACAUUGCUAUACAUAUAAACUCUCCUGGUAUUGUUUUGUUAUGGAACGUUAAGUUUAUCUGCAAUCUCACAGCAUUUUAAUCAUCUUGUUGUUUUGUUAUUAUUGUUGUUUUAAUAAUAUGAAAAUGCUAAUCCUUCCGCAUAGCAUUACAAUUCCACUGCAAUUUACAAUGAAUUUGAAGAGUAGAUGAGGUUGAUUUCAUCAUGUUUCUUGACAUUUUAACAUUUUAGAUGUUGUAGUCUUCUUUGCUAUGCAUGUCCACUAGAUGUCAGCCAAAUACUACAGAAAUGGUUCUAAUAAAUGCUAUGAGUUUCCACAUUUUAAGGACUGUUUAAAUCCCACUAAUCUAUAUUCAU